CAUGUAUUCCAGUUUAUUCUUUGACUUUGUGGUAGUGUGUGUAAUCGGCGCGCCGGCGUCUUUCGGUCAAUAAAAAUAUUAUCUGAUUUAAAUGUUUAUUAUAAUAUCAUACUUGAUAAAACAGAAAGUAUACAAGAAUUUGCGUUAUGAGUACAAAUACAAAAAGAACUAUUUACGUGGGAGGCUUAGCCGAAGAAGUUGAUGAAAAAGUACUGCACGCAGCAUUUAUACCUUUUGGGGAAAUUGUUGAUGUACAAAUACCAUUAGAUUAUGAAUCAGAAAAGCAUAGAGGAUUUGCUUUCAUUGAAUUUGAAAGUGCAGAAGAUGCAGCAGCAGCAAUUGAUAAUAUGAAUGAUUCUGAACUGUUUGGACGAACAAUCAGAGUAAACAUUGCAAAACCACAAAAAAUAAAAGAAGGUUCAUCAAAACCUGUUUGGGCUGAUGAUAUGUGGCUACAAGAGCAUGCAGGUGAAACACUUAAAAAUGAUGAUAAUUCAAAAUCAGGUGAUACAGUACAACCGAAAAAAGGAAAACAAAAUCCUCAAGUAUAUUUUGAUAUCAGUAUUGGAAAACAAGAAGUGGGUAGAAUUAUUAUGAUGCUAAGAGCUGAUAUUGUACCAAAAACUGCUGAAAAUUUCCGUGCUCUUUGUACCCAUGAAAAAGGAUAUGGUUAUCAAGGAAGUACUUUUCAUAGAAUUAUUCCAGAAUUUAUGUGUCAAGGAGGAGAUUUCACAAAUCAUAAUGGAACUGGAGGAAAAUCAAUUUAUGGAAAUAAAUUUGAUGAUGAGAACUUUGAGUUGAAACAUACAGGACCAGGUACAUUGUCAAUGGCAAAUUCUGGGCCAAAUACAAAUGGAUCGCAAUUUUUCAUCUGUACAGCACGUACAGAUUGGUUGGAUGGAAAACAUGUAGUAUUUGGACAUGUUCUUAGUGGUUUAGAUGUUUUAAAAAAAAUGGAAAAGUGUGGUGCAAAAUCAGGCACUCCUACUCAAAAAGUUGUUAUAACAGCUUGUGGAGAAUUGACUUAAAUAAAUCUUCUUUAGUAAUU